UCACUAAACAAUCAUAAAACACUCCAACGUCUCUCACGCGCUUCAGCUAACGACCGUCACAUUGCCUUUACAAUCCCUACAAGAUUCCUUCCAUAGUUAGGCGACUGCAUGAAGCGCGCGUGGGGAACCAUAGUAAUAAAAGUCCGCGAUCCGUGGAAUUUUCGUCCUUUGUUUCCAUUUCUCUUCCCUGCUUUUGCAAAUUUAGCUGUGCUUUAAAUUUCUUGAAUAUAAAGGUUUCUGUAUCCUCUUCGUUUUGGUUAAUAAUCAAGCACGAAAAGUAAAAAGAAAAGAUGCAGACGGUUUGGUCGGAAAACAUGUCUUCCGACAGAAGGAAAGCAAUCGAAGAACUUGGGCGAGGCAGGGAGUUGACAAAUCAGCUGCGAGAUCUGCUAAAUAGUAAAUCUGUGGGAGAUGAGGGUUUGGCGGUGGUUAGUGAAGAUCUAGUAAUGAAAAUCUUCAACUCUUUUGCAAAAUCGCUUUCCAUAAUAAGAAACAUUGGAGAUUACGAUGACGAUGAGGUUUCACAGAAGUCAAGGAACAACAACAUGAGUUGGGAUGAUAGGAAAUCCGAGGAUUUGGGAGACAGCAUUAAGAGUAUUACUGCUACUUCAACACAAAAGGGUCGAAGAGGAUGUUACAAAAGAAGGAAGUGCGCGGAGUCAUGGACAAGAAUCACCCCAUCUCAUUUUGAUGAUGGCCAUGCAUGGAGAAAAUAUGGGCAGAAAGUAAUCCUACAUGCCAAUCACCCAAGAAACUACUACAGAUGCACCCACAAGUUUGAUCAAGGCUGUCAAGCAAUUAAGCAAGUCCAGAUGAUAGAGGACGAUCCCCCAAAGUAUCGAACAACUUAUUACGGCCAUCACACUUGCAAAAAUCAGCUCAAUGCUUCUCCAUUUGUCCUGGAUUCCACUUCCGAUGACUCUUCCAUACUCCUCAGCUUUGCAAACAACCACCUUACAAACAAACAUGACAACCCCUUUUUCUCAUCUUUCUCAUCGGUAAAGCAGGAAAGCAAAGAAGAUCAUGACAUUACCUACAAUCCAUAUCUUUUAUCACCUGAUCACUUAACGACGUUCGAGCCAUCAGCUCAAAUGACAAUGUUGCCCGCUGAUCACACCGACGCGAUCUCCGGGGUGGUGGAUUCUAUUGAUUUAGAUGACUUGCUUGUGUUUUGAGGGGUAGCUUAAGAGUGACUAGAAUUUAGUUUCUUUGUAAUCUUAUUGUAGAAGCAUUGCAUGCGUUUUCGCUUCUUAAUUAGAAUAGAGCUUCCAAGUGCAAACAGCUCCUUCAAUGGCAGUCUGCUGUAAAAAAAAAAUAAAAAAAAGAAACGUGUUUUAUCGUUCUAUCAAUUUCAUUGGGUUUUCCUAGUUAAAUCUUGUCCAUAAAAUUUUAUAUCCUUUAAGAAAAGUGAAUGUGAAACGUCUACUGUUGCGAUGACAAUAUGAAAAAUGGAGCGUGGAAAAAGAACAGUUGAUCCAUGAUCUUCAAACAACAUCAUCAGCGUAUUGACUAUUUCAUUCAGAGAAAACUUUUGGCCAUAAUUCUAGAGAAAGGGACAUGAUUAUAUAGGAUUUGAAGUGACUGCUUGUUGGUUUGUAUAAUAAGGAAAAGAAAUAGUA